CCUUACCUUAAAUCGUUGCCGGUAAUGUAACAUUCAAACUAUACCUAUGUAGUGGAAUUUAUAUUGUUUUUAUAAUAAAUUAUAAAUUGUUGAACACAUUGUUGUCUUAUUUAUUGUUUAAUUUCAAAAUAAAAAUGAUUGCGGUGAAGUAUCUCACAUAAUGUCAAGGACCGUCGGUAUUGUUUCUUAUUAUGCGUCUACCACUGUAUAUGUAGGUAUUUAUAAUGAUAUAUUAUUACAACAAUUCAUGAAUUUAAAAAGCAUUAAUACGCAGCAUAAUAUUGAGCGCUCUAUAAAUUUAUAAAGUCGAGGACUACCUAUGUAGUGGUGCGAUAAUGUCCCGCAUAUUUAAUAAGCCUCCAUUAAUUCGAAGCUGCGGCAUUACGUUCACGUACUUUCCGCUAUUAGCGCGUUAAAAUGAUGAUCCCCGAUCAUCUAUUCGAUGAAGGAAUUAGCAAUACAAUGUUGCAAAAUGACAUGAACAUUCAAAAGAACAUUAACAAGGCAAUGUACGAGAAAACACAAAGGGACUACGAACAAGAACAGCGGGAUCAACUUUCGUCUCAAGAUGGAGACACAUGUGAAAUCCACGAUCAAUUUUAUCGAGACCAUAAAUUGUUGCUGGUUCUGUUCCGCGCACUCGCUGUUAUGCCCAUCAUCAGAUCAGGACCAGGUACUGUCACCUUCAGUUGGAAGUCAAGUGCUAUGGCUUACGCUAUCUGCUUUUACGUAAUAGCGACUAUUGUUGUUUUGAUUGUGGGCUACGAGCGUAUCCUAAUAUUACACGCCAUCCGAAAGUUCGACGACUACAUCUACGCCAUUCUUUUUGUCACAUUCUUGGUACCGCAUUUCUGGAUUCCAUUUGUUGGUUGGGGAGUGGCGCAUCAGGUUGCUAUUUAUAAAACAAGCUGGGCAAAGUUUCAAGUCAGAUACUAUAGAGUGACUGGAGAGAACCUCCAAUUUCCCAAUCUGAAGACGUCAAUUGUCAUUAUAAGUAUUGGUUGUUUACUUCUCGCUAUAUGCUUUCUGCUUAGUCUGUGUGCAUUAUUAGAUGGAUUUUUACUAAAGCAUACAGCGGCGUAUUAUCACAUCAUAAUUAUGAUAAACAUGAACUGUGCACUAUGGUACAUCAACUCCAAGGCUAUUAAAAUUGCUUCGCAAAGUCUCUCUGACUGUUUUCUCAGGGACGUAGGAGUAGAGUGUUCAGCUAAAAUGAUAUCGCGCUACCGUUUCCUGUGGUUGAAUCUUUCUGAAUUGCUUCAAACGCUUGGUAAUGCUUACGCACGCACUUAUUCUACCUAUUGUCUUUUCAUGUUUACAAAUAUCACUAUUGCGAUAUAUGGCGCCUUAUCUGAGAUAGUAGAUCACGGAUUUGGAUUCAGUUUCAAGGAAAUGGGUUUAUUCGUUGUCGCCGCUUAUUGUUCUAUUUUACUAUUCAUAUUUGUGGAUUGUUCACACAAGUCUACACUAAAGGUAGCUGCAGGUGUUCAGGAGACACUUCUAUCUAUAGAUGUACUGUCUGUAGAUAGACCUGCGCAAAAAGAGAUCGACCAUUUCAUUCAAGCAAUUGAGAUGAAUCCAGCUGUCGUUAGUCUGAAAGGAUAUACUGACGUGAACAGAGAACUACUUACAUCUGCAGUCAAUACGAUAACCAUAUAUUUAAUAGUCUUACUGCAGUUCAAGAUUUCGUUACCAAAGGAUCCCCAAGCGUGAUAUGUAAAGCAAAAUAUUAUAAUUUAAAUUAACCAUCUCGGUUUAUUAUUUCAAUUGUUAAUAUUAUUAUAUAUUAUCGAUUUGUAA